GGAUACUGGGAGUGUCUGUCUAAAAUCUCCUCCAAGAACAACAAUUUUUCUACCAAAGGGCAGCUCUUCAUUCUUCGGAUUUACUGCUGAACAUAUACCUGAGUGUAUAUGUGUGUGUGUGUGAAAUGUAUAAAGUUUCAUUAAAGCAUUAAUUUUAUAGUUAUAUACCUGAGUGUUUUCUGCCAAAGUACGUAAGAUUGAUGAGCUUUGAGUGAGGGUUGAAACAGCAAAACAACGACUUGUAUACCCAUUAGGAGGUGUUGUCAUAAUGGGGGAGGUCACUGACUUGAAGAUGCAGAAUGCUAAUCUGAAGGCUGGAGAUACAAACAACAGAUUGAAAUUAUUCCUUGCAGAUGAAGAAGGGUCCCAGAUUAUCUGUUAUUUGUGGGAUAAAUUUGGUGAAGAAGCACAUAGCAGAAUCAAACAACAUAAAGAAAAAAAGAAGGAAUUUCCUUUUGCGAUUCGUUUAUGCUUUGGAAUAAUUAAAGACUCGCAAGACGAGAUUUCAGUUUCCAGUUGGUUUAACGCCUCUAGAAUUCAGUUUAGAGAGGACGACAAAGUGAUUUCACAAUUUGGUGACAGAAUUGAGAAAUUAUUUCCAAAAGUAACAGAGAGGUUAAUACUAAGCAAUGACCCUCCCAAAUCUGAAGAGGACAUUUUUCUUCACCAGUAUCACAAAUUACCAAUCAACCAAUUGCUU